UUCCCGUUUGGCGUGCGCCAGAAAUCGCGGGAAUGAAAUUGGCGCCUUUAUUCGCCACCGCCGACCUCCCUUCCCUCUCCUUUCCAGUUUCCCCUCCCUUCCCUCUCAAGAAGGAGAAAUUUGAAAAAGCGAGGGUUUCAUCUCACCCAAGAAUUUCCCGAAAGAUGGCGGAAACUGUUACCGAAUUGGAAGAAAUCGAGAGUCUCCUUCUUCAUUCGAGAUCGAACCAGGAGAAAGCCCUUGGUUACGGAAACCUUUUGCUCUUCCAAGAGCGCUUAUGCGGCGGCUCGUCUAUGAUCGGCGCGCUCCGUGAGCGGCUGCCGCGUCUCCUUCGUCCGAUCCGAGCUGAUAUAUUCGUCGAAGACGAAGAAGUGCUGAUGUUUUGGACUUCUGUUCAUAGUGCCUCGCAGGCGCUGAAGUGCUUGGGGUUUGUAAUUUAUCACCCGGAUCUGGUUAUCGCGAUACCCGAUGGUGAUACCUGUGCUAUUGUGGAAUCCAUAGUCAAACUCAUAACAAACACUAAGAUGAAGGCCAUUUGUAACCUGGGAGUCUGGUGUAUAUCAAUGCAACAAUUCCACUCUUCUUUUGUGAUAGCACAGUCAAACCCUUUGUUAGGGGCUGUAAUUUAUGCCCUCGACAAUCCAAUGGGGUCUCUAUCAACGACGUUUGAAGCAACCCAGGCCUUGGUAAAGUUGGUAUCUCAAAUGAGUGACAAUAUGAGAACUCUGUCCAGCAUGUGGGCUCCACCAAUAUAUAGGAGACUUUUGAGCUUGGACAAAAAGGAGAGAGAUAUGUCAAUCAGAUGUCUUCAAAAGGUCAAGUCAUGCAUAUUGCCCCCUCUUCCUACUCUUUCAAAGGUCGUUAGUGCAGAUAUCCAACAAAAAUUGCUUUAUCAGUUGGAUGCAUUGUUGCAGCAGUCAGGAUGCAAGGUCCAUGCAAUCCAAGCUUGGGGAUGGCUAAUCAGACUCCUGGGAUUUUAUACGAUAAAACACAGGCGUCUACUUAACCAGCUACUCAAGGUUCCUGAGAAAACAUUUUCUGAUAAUGAUCCACAGGUUCAAAUUGCUUCACAGGUUGCUUGGGAAGCUUUGAUUGAUGUAUUUGUGCAAUUUCAUUUGCCAAUGAUACAAGAGCAAACUGGUAAAUUUGAUGAUGAUCUACAAGAGAAAGGGGUAUCACUCAAACUUUCUCAUCAACUUACUGAUCCUCGGGGAGGGAAACAUUCAUCAACUGAAGGGUCAACUAGCGAUUGUCAAAGUCAAUUUUCAAGGUUUCAGAAGAUCAUAAAGCUCCUAAUGAAACCCUUAGUUGGAAUUAUGUCAAGUAGGUGCAGCAUAACUGUUCAUUUAUCAUGUCUAAAAACAUGGUGCUACUUGUUACAUAAACUUGUUCUUUUAGUGAACUGUGCCUCCCUUAUCCCGCUAGUGCUGGAGCCGAUGCUUCUUGUAGUCUUCCAGAAGGGACCCGAUAACAAAAGCUAUUGCAUAUGGAAGUCAUGCAUAGAUCUGUUUGAUGACUUUAUCUCGUCCAAGGUAAAGGUCCAUAAUGAUGAAAAUGUUGGAGUUGAUUUAACCCCGGUUAACAUCACCUCUGGUGAUGCAAACAUGUGGAAGAAUUAUUCAAUCAAAUGGAUGUCUUGGGAUCUGAAGAUGUUAAAUUUCAACCUGAGAAUGAUUCAGUCCAUUGUACCAAGUGUUUUGAAACAGAAUACAUCAUCUGAAGUUGCAAAAAUGGCUUCAGCAGCUGUUCUACAGCUUUUCUGUUCUGUACUUAAGGGAGUAAAGAUUGAGUUCCAGCAGCUCUCACAGCCAUUCAGCUCCAUCCUUCUGUCACUGAAUAUGAUUUUAACGUUCAUAAAGGAUUGGUACGAGGAUGUCACAGGGAAAUUUGCAAAUUGUUUCCACCAGGAAUUGCAUUAUGCUACACUCCAGUUGUUGCAAACUGCAAUAGAGGAAUUGCCAGAUUCAAUAUUGUCCUCUCCUCUAUAUGAAUUUCGUUUAGACAUCAAGAUGAUUAACAACUUGUGGUCUGCUGAUGUAAUUCAAAAUGUGAGAGGCCAUUUAAGUGGUAUCAGCAUGAUGCUAUGCAUGGAUGCUGUUUCUCCGAUUUCAUUUUGUGUCCUGCUUUAUCUCAUUGUUGGUGCUACCUAUAGUUCAAGCAUUACAGGCGAGAUACUGUUUACUAAGAUGGAAAAGUUUUCACAGAUUGCAUUCUCUGUAGUCGAUCCUAUACAAAAUUUGCAUGCUGUUGUUGAAAUGCAAUAUAUUUACAUGUUCAAAUCCGUAACUAAUGGAUUAUACUGGCUAAAGGUCUGGAAGGUAUUUGCAAAGUCUCUGAAGGAACGGUUUGAUAAAGUAAUCUCCUCCCCCUUUGUGAUAACAGAAACUCAUUUGCAUCUACUGGUGUAUUACUUAUGCUUCCCUUUGGAGAUGUCUUCUUCAACAUGUUUAUUGAUGACGGCAGAUGAUGAUGAAAGCACUGGCAAACAUGUGUUCACGAGUGAAAACAAGCAUGAACUUGAGCUUAUUAUGGACACAUGGAAAUCCCUUUACGAUUCUGUGAAUCAUGUCAUAAAGGACAGGUGCACCAAGAUUCACUUUUCUGAAGGUUUGUGUCAGAGAUUGCUUGCCAUUGUUAAUGGAAGAGAUAAAAUGAAUGCUGUACUUCAGAGUUUCACUUUCCUUUGGUUCUAUGGCGAGAUGGCUAUUCAUGUGCUGAACCAGGUCCGGAUGCCUGGGGCUCUGAGCCAACAGCGCAGACAGCAAAAGGGGGAUAAACGGAAUUCUUUAGAAUUUGUUGCAAGAUUUCUUCAGUUUUCUCUGACAUUUGUCGAGACAAUUCAAAGGGUUGAUUGUUCCACAGUUUCCAGGGUUUGUACUGCUGUAUGUAAUCUUCUGAUCCAUCUUGAGACAAAAGAUGAUAUUCUUUUGUUCAUGGAGGUCUUUUCUGAGGCAUUAGUUCAAUCACUAUCUUCUUUCAGUAUGCUGUCAACAAACGCUCAGGUUCAAAGCCUUGCAUCACAGAUAGAGAACAUGUGGAUCCAGCUGCUAGAUUGCAUGGAGAGGAGUCACCCCCCUCUUAUUUACGACUCUUCCCUUCUGCACUUGCAAGCACCUCUGCUGUUCGCUGGCCUUGAUCAUUCUCAUGCUACCAUUGCCAAUGCCACCAUUUCAUUUUGGAACAGAACGUAUGCUAAAGGAAUUUCACUUUCUUAUCCUAGCUGUUUGCUUCCGGUACUAGAUAAGCUUUCUCGUGGUGGAAAGCUGCAUCUCCGAAAGAUCCCUGAUGAGUUUGAAGCUGCUGAAACCUCGAGUGGACCUAAGUGGUUGACAGUGACUGCGACACAGAAGAAGAAUUCUAAGAGAGUGUCAUUCAUGAAAGAUGAUAAGAACGUGGAGUUCGUCAAGGUCCCUGCUUUGGGCUUGAAGAGAAAGAAGAUGGAACUGACUGAACACCAGAGGGAGGUGAAGAGGCUGCAGCAAGGAAGAGGUAGGGAUUGCAUGGGUCAUGGUCCUGGGUUAAAAACUUACACAAGCAUGGACUUCAGCCAAGGGAACGAGCACUCACAAGACACAGAGGAACCUCUAGAUGCAGAUGCGAUCUUAAAGAAACUCAGAAUGGGAAGUUAGCAUGCAGGUUAAAAUUUGACUCGUGGAGCCUCCAUCUUCGGAUUCGCUUUAGUUACACCAUCAGUUAGAAAGUUGCCUUCCAUGGACUUGGAGUGGGAGACUAGCGUGUAGAUUAAGAUUUGAGCCAUGGAGUCUUCUAGUUGGGAUUCGCUCGAGUUGCCAUACUCCGAAGCCCCAGGUGACUACUCAUCGCUGGUUGGGUGGCGAACCUUUUCUGCCAUCCAAUUUCAUUUGAGAAUCUGGUCACUGGCUCUUACGCGCAAAGUACCUCCUGGGAUAGGAACGGAAAAAUUCUUGUCGUGUAGAGGUCUGUAUAUAUUUUUAUGUAAUAAAAUAUGAAAUUACUAUUUAGGCAA